AUGGGGUCAUCUUCUACCAACAGGGAACCUAGGGGAUCAUCUUCUAGCAACAGGCAACCCACGGGGUCAUCUUCUACCGAGAUGCAACCUAGGGGGUCAUCUUCUACCAACAAGGAACCUAGGGGAUCAUCUUCUACCAACAGGCAACCCACGGGGUCAUCUUCUACCGAGAGGCAACCUAGGGGGUCAUCUUCUACCAACAAGCAACCCACGGGGUCAUCUUCUGCCGAGAGGCAACCUAGGGGGUCAUCUUCUACCAACAAGCAACCUAGGGGGAGUAGUGGUUCCCAUCCCAUGUACACCACCGAUGAUUCUGGUACUACUCGACGACAGAUCAAUCACAAUAAUAAGGAGCAGGCUAGUUCUGGUGAACAGACUACUACACGAAAUCAGGAAACCGUUGCUCUCUUUAACACCAAUGCUUCUCAAAGCAGUGGCAGCAGUUCAAAGACAUCUGUUGCUGCAGAAUUGUUAAUAAGAAGGGACACUGUUAGUCACUCUUCUGGCCAACCCACUACUGCAGGACAUCGCAAAACCGUUGCUCUCUUUGGCAGCAGUGAUGCUCAAAGCACAACUACUGCAGGACAUCGCAAAACCGUUGCUCUCUUUGGCAGCAGUGAUAGCAGCAGUUCCGGGCAGCAUAAGCCAUCGUCGUACUCGUCAUAUCAACCCAGUACUUCUGCAAACUCUCCCAGCCACAAAAAUUUUAACACGAAUACCCAAAACUUUGCCGCAGCAUCAUUACUAAGUAGGGAGACUUAUAGUUUCUCUUCUGGUGAACCCACUUCUGCAGGAAAUCACCGCGCCAUUGCUCCCUUUGGCAGCAGUAGUUAUCGAAGCACUGGCAGCAGUCCCAGCAAGAAACAGCCGUAG